ACCAACAGCCACGAACCACCACCACAAUGCGCCAAACAAUCUCCCCAUCAUAGCCGCGACCCCCAAACACAACGCAGACCCCAAAUACACAGGGCCUGCUAGACAGCCACGGCCUCGACCAUGCCCUCACCCACCGACGAAGACACCCCCUUCCCUAACCUCAACCACGCCGCCACCCUCCGCUCCCACCUCUCCCCCUCCGAUGCGCACAUCUCCCCUCCGCGCCGCCCCUACGAUGCCGACGGCGGUGCUGAAAUGCUGCGCCGGGGUCGUCGCGGCGUAGACAGAAGUGCCAGCCGACGCCGCAAGCGCACAUGGAAGAAGCUCAUGUGGGUGAAGCAAUCAUACCCCGAUAAUUAUACCGACCAGGCGACCUUUCUCGAAAACCUGCAGCGAAACCCGCGCCUGAAACCAUACGACUUUUGGCCCCUCAUUGCUGACUCGACCGUCAUCCUGCAGCAUGUAUGCUCCGUCAUCAUCUUCAUUGUAUGCUUUGUAGCCAUCUUCCAGGAGCGCGUGUCACCAGUGUCGGUCGUGAGCUGGAGCUCUGUGGGCACGUUUCUCGGCUGGAUCCUCUGGGAGCGCUGGGUCUCUGAAGAGCAUGCACCCUCAGGGGACGACGAACAAGGAAGCAGUAAUAAUAACAUCUUGACGGCAAACAACUCGGCCAAUGUGGUCGGAGCAGCGGGCGCCGCGAGAAACGACAGCGUGCGGCGUAGGGCGCGAGCCAACAGCUUGCGCAAGCCCAUGCAGUCAGGGCCCCCAGAAUCGACACUCGCCGUGCCAAGCUUGCCCAUUGUACAUUCAGCGGCCAACUCGGCGGCCAGCUCCUCUACGAACCUACCAGCUGCGGUCGCGGCAGCAGAAGCAGCAGCAGCAGCCGCUGCCAAAAUCACAACGUCUACGAAGCAGCGUGAACCGUCUCCACGAAGCGGUAUGGACACGGUGCCCGAGUACCCAGAUAUCUUACCCAACGAUGAGAACAGAACACACCAGCGGCUCGGGACCAUCAAGUCAGCCAUGCUCAUUUACUCUACACUGCUUGGCCUGAGCCCCAUUCUCAAGUCAUUAACGCGAUCAACAUCUAGUGACAGCAUCUGGGCCAUGUCUUUUUGGCUGCUCGCAAUCAAUAUCUUCUUCUUCGACUACUCGGGUGGCGUUGGCGCCAAGUUCCCUGCUUCAUUAUCAACAAAUGCUGCCUUGAUGGCGUCUACGGUGCUUGCCAGCCGUCUGCCGUCGACCAAGCAGGUGUUUGUGCUGACGCUCUUCAGUAUCGAAGUGUUUGGCCUCUUCCCGGUCUUUAGACGCCACGUCCGCCAUCGUAGCUGGCAAUACCAUGCAUUACUCACAGCGCUCCUGGUGCUCGGCGCCGGCUUCGGUAUGGGCAUGAUUAUGAGCGACGCUCGCGCAGCCAGGUGGCCGUGGAAGGGCGGCAUCGUGGGCAUGGUUAUCGGCGUGCUACUGGCGUGUAUCGCGGUUGGCGGCUCAGGCUGGUGGCUGAUUGGGCUGCAAAAGUACAAGAAUGAGAUUCGCGGGCCCUGGGACCCGGCACGACCGAUUAUCAUGAGUCGUCCGCGGUGGGAUUAGGUAGCCCAGACAAUGCGUUGGCCGUAGUUAGUGUUGGCUGUUGUGGCGUACAUUGAAGCUAAGCUAGUCGAUAAUAAUGAAUACGAGCGUUGACAAGCAAAGACAAGACAUUUUCCCGCAAAGGUUGUUCGUUGUAAGACAGUAGGAGGACUUCUGGGGAAGCCGAUUGACUCGCGCGAUUCGUCGCAUGGCAUGCAGCAAAACCGCCACACAGGACGCCCAUCAAGCGAAACACGAGAGAAUGGGACGCUACAUGUAGGCCAGACUGCCCACGGGCAGCGCUGCCGGCGAUCCAUUCUGAAUCGCUCCACGGAGAGACACGCCCUCCACAAGGAGAGAUCUUGCUUGUCCAACCAAGCGGUGCUAUCCUCGGUGGCUUCUGCUGCCGAGAAUCUACAGCGCGACGCAAACACAUGUUGCAACAUCUACAAUCGGACCGGCAUUUUCUACUUGCAUGAGCUUUCAGCAGUAAGCAGAAAUAGGACGAAAAAAAAGCAAAUCGAGGAAAAUGGAUCUUAUUAAGCGACCAAUGUGACGUCCCGCGGGCAGGAAUCACUCGAUUUGGCAGGCAAGAGGGGCCAAGGGGGCGGAUGUCUGACAUGUGGUUUGUUCAGGGGGCGACCAAG